CGUCGCCGCACGAGGCCUGUAGUUCGAACGCCGCACGGGCCUCGUCGUUCUGAACCGUUAGCCACGUUACGCACAAACUUGUUAUAUUUCAGCAUGAAUCCAAAGUGUUUUUAAGCCGCUUUCACGCGGCAGGGCGGCUCUGGUGUUUGGAUAAUGUCUUGAGGAGAUGGAUCAUCGGUCCGGCUGGAUUUGUUUCAAGAGCGGCGAGCGGUGAAUGGCUUUGUUUUCCCGACUGAUUUGCCUCUUAACUCCACGCAAGGAGAAAGGAGAGCUAGCGGGGCUAAGCUAGGCUAGGCUGCUAGCGCGGUAUAUCCACUUCCUUGUUGCACACCGGAGUGUGUUUGGAAGGCGAGAAGAAGUUUCUAAGGGGACCGUUAAAAAAAAAAAUUACAAUGUAACACUGCCUGGUGGAUGGAUUGAACGUGAUACGUGGACUGUGAUGACAGAGGAUAACUUGCUUUUUGAUAAGUGAAGUUGUUUUGGGCCUCUGCGAGCGAUUCAAUGGAAUGCGACUGUGAAACCAGAACGGUUAGCUAGAUAAAGCUAGCUAGGCUAAAGCGAUUAGCAUCGGCUAUCAAACCUGGGAGACAGCGGUCCUGGAGCACAAUGGUUGAGUACCGAUUGGUCUAAAUGACUUUGCAACGCAUCAUCAUUUAAUCGUGGUGGAUUAUUAUUUAGUAUUUUUAUUUUUUCUGCCACCAAGUGUCAUCAUUUCGGGCCCUCCCGGCUCUUUUUUUUUUGUUUUUGUUUUGGCAAUGGAAACGUUAAGCUUUUGAUCCUGCUAGCCGGCCGGGGCUGUUUUUAAUCGAGAGACGUCAGCUAACCCAAUGCUAGCCCAAUGUUUUGUUUAGCAACACGUCGGGGGACAUAGUUUCUGUGGAACACGGUGUGCUGUUGAUUCCGGACUUUCGUGGUUACAGCUGCGGCUCGUUUUGGAAGAUAGAUGCCCAACUCGGAGGCGCUCCGCGAGGGUCGCGGACGGAGCCCCUCCGAACAGCGACAUGCUAACAGGCAGGACAGGCGGAGCAAGCCGGGGAGCGGCGCCGCGCAGCGCGAGAGGCACCGGGACAAGCGGCGCUCGUCGGCCGCCCGGAGGAAGAAGCGCAGGCAGCAGAAGAACAGGGACCUGUGGCCCGUCGGCGCGAGCGAAAAGCCCGACAAAGCCGCCCGCAAGGGCGCCUUUGACCGGGAGCUCGAGCUCCGGACGUUGGUGGAGUACGACGACGUCAGCUCCCAGUCGGAGCGGUUCUCCGGGAGCCCCUCUCCUAGACUGUCCCCCCACGCCGACGGCCUGUCAGCGGACCGCCUGAGCGACGUCGACCUGGGGGAGCCGAACGGACCAGCGUCCCCGGGAAGGGGUCACCCGGCGGGCCGGGAGGCGGCGUGCCUCGGCAAGGAGGGCAUGAAAAGAGGAGCACCCGCGAAGGGCAAGCAAGGCAAGGAGGCGAGCAGGAAGAAGGACCGUCACAGCCGCGAGAGGGACCCCUCGAAGGUCAGGGGUGGAGGUGGCCUGGCCGGCUCCAAAAACCACAGGGAGGCGGCGAAGGCCGGGACAGACAGGAACGGCAAAAGGACUUCCACGUCCCAGGCCUCCCAGUCCGCGGACAAAAAAGAGUCCAAGAAGCACAAAACUAAACCGAGGUCCGACAAAGAGCCUCCAUCCGCGUACCGAGACGCCCCGCAGGCGUACAGGGAUGACCGCGACGAGCUCCGGCCGUACAGGCGGAGUCCCGGGUUUAAAGCAGACAGUCCCUAUGGGACGACGUACCCGUACAGCUACCAGUCUCCUGGCGGCUACAACCAGGCCAUAUCCAGGAGGAGUCCGACGUUCGGAAGCAAAAGACUCUCGCCCAGCUCCGCUUACUACAGCCGGGACGUGGACGCCUACGGCGGGUACGGCGCCGCCAAGUCGCCCAGCGCGUACCCCGGCAACAAGAGGAAGCGCUCCCCGUCCAGCCCGGCGGCCUGGCGCAGGUCACCCAGCUUCGGCAAGCAUAGUCCCUACGAGCAAGGCGAGUUCGCCCCGAGCCCUUACGGGAAUCGCAGGAGGUCCCGGAGCCCUUACCGGAAGUCCAUGAGUCCGAGUCCGGACGUGAGGCGAUCUGCAAGGUCCCGCAGCAGAAGUCCGUACUCGACCUCCAGGCACUCGCGUUCCCACAGCCGGCACCGGCACUCGCGCUCCCGCAGCCGCCCCUCCAGCCUGUCGCCGAGCACGCUCACGUUCAAGAGCAGCCUCGCCGCCGAGCUCAGCAAGCAGAAGAAGGUGAAGGCGGCGGAGGCGGCCGCCAAGGCCAAGAACUCCAGCAACACGUCCACUCCGACCAAAGGCCCGUCGGCCGCCCCGCAGCCGAGCCCCAAGGCCAACCACGCCCCCAGGAAGGCGCGGCCGCCCUCCCCGCCCCCGCCGGAGAAGGGGCCCAGGACCCCGUCGUCUAGCCGGCCGCCGUCCCCCGCCGAGAAGCCGUCCAAGAAGACGGCAGAGCUCCAGGCCGGCAAGGACAGAGACGGGAAGGGGAGAGAUGACUCCAUACACCGGGACAAAAGGAAAGCGGGCGCGUCGGGACCCGGCAAAGACAAGGAGCGAGCCGCCGCCCCCGUCAUUUCCACGCUGCUGGCGCUGCCGAUGCCCCCCACACCCGUUGACCCCUUGGACAAAGGAGAAAGUGUGAAGGACGCCUCAGCAAAGAAGAAGCCAGAGAAGAAGCCCCGACAGCUCCUCAGCGACCUGCCUCUUCCCCCCGAGCUCCCCGGCUGCCCGUCUUCCCCGCGCAGCCCGCCAGAGGACAAGAAGUCCCAGACGCUGCGCCGCAGACCCAGGAUCUGUGGGCCGAGAUACGGUGAGAUUAAGGAGACGGAGAUGUACUGGGGGAAGCGCUGCGUGGACAAGUUCGAGAUCAUCGGCAUAACGGGAGAGGGGACGUACGGUCAGGUGUACAAGGCUAAAGACAAAGACACCGGUGAGAUGGUGGCGCUGAAGAAAGUCCGACUGGACAACGAGAAAGAGGGCUUCCCGAUCACCGCCAUCAGGGAGAUCAAGAUCCUGCGACAGCUCAACCACAAGAGCAUCAUCAACAUGAAGGAGAUCGUCACCGACAAGGAGGACGCGCUGGACUUCAAGAACGAUAAAGGGGCUUUUUAUCUGGUGUUUGAGUACAUGGACCAUGACCUGAUGGGCCUGCUGGAGUCCGGUCUGGUCCACUUCAACGAGAACCACAUAAAGUCGUUCAUGCGGCAGCUGCUGGAGGGCCUGGACUACUGCCACAAGAAGAACUUCCUGCACAGAGACAUCAAGUGCUCCAACAUCCUGCUCAAUAACAAAGGUCAAAUAAAGCUCGCCGACUUCGGACUCGCUCGGCUGUACAACUCUGAAGAGAGUCGGCCGUACACCAACAAGGUGAUCACGCUGUGGUACCGACCCCCGGAGCUGCUCCUGGGGGAGGAGAGGUACACGCCGGCUAUAGACGUGUGGAGCUGUGGCUGCAUUCUUGGCGAGCUCUUCACAAAGAAACCAAUCUUUCAGGCUAACCAGGAGCUGGCCCAGCUAGAACUCAUCAGCCGGAUCUGCGGCAGCCCCUGCCCCGCCGUGUGGCCCGACGUCAUAAAGCUGCCCUUCUUCAACACCAUGAAACCAAAGAAGCAGUACCGGAGGCGCCUCAGGGAGGAGUUCGCUUUCAUCCCGCCGUCCGCCCUGGACCUCUUCGACCACAUGCUGAACCUGGACCCCAGCAAGCGCUGCACGGCCGAGCAGGCGCUGGGCAGCGAGUUCCUGAAGGACGUGGACCCGGACAAGAUGCCGCCCCCAGACCUCCCCCUCUGGCAGGACUGCCACGAGCUGUGGAGCAAGAAGCGCCGCCGGCAGAAGCAGAUGCCCGAGGAGCUGGUGGCCCCCAAGGCCCCCCGCAAGGAGCUGGGCCUGGACGACAGCCGCAGCAACACCCCGCAGGGCUUCUCGGCCCCGGGAGCCGCCAAGGCCCCCAACGCUGCCGCCUCUGCGCUGCUCGAACCGAAGGGUCCAAACUCUCAGUUUACCCAGGAGCAGCUGGCGGUCCUCUUGAACUUACUGGGCCAGCCCAAGGGCACAAUCAACCCGGCCCAGUUUGUUCAGUCCAUGAGCACAAAGGUGAACCAGGAGACGCUGCAGCAGCUGACUAAAGCCUUGGCUCCCCCUGACCCGUCUGAGCCCGCUCCCCAGCCGGCGCCCGCCAAGCCUCCCCAGCCUCCCGUCCCGGCGGGAGUACCGCGCACGCCACCCAUGCCCAAGCCCCCUUCGCCCCCCAUGUCUGCGCCGCCGGGCAACCCAGAGGGCGAAGCCGCGGCCGCCACGCAGACGGCCGUGACCAUGCUGCUGGCUCAGCUGCUCCAGGCCCAGCAGCCUCAGAGGCAGGAAGCGUCGGAUCCCGGAGAGGCAGGAGAAGGUGCCAACCCCGCCGGGGCCGCUGCCCCACCCCCAGCUCUUCCACCUCCGGAGGUCAAACAGCCCCCAGAGCCCAGUCCGGUUUCUCCAGUGUCUGAGGUUGGCAGCGUGUCCAUCCUGCCCCCGGAUCAGCGGCCCCCCGAGCCUCCAGAGCCGCCUCCGCACGCCGACCUGGACUACCGGCAGCCGCCGCCCGAGCCCAAGCUGGGCCACGCUCCCCCCAUCGCCUCUGCGAGCGGAGGCGACGGGGGCCGGCCCCCGGAGCCCGACUACCCGCCUCUACCUUCGGCAGAGGGCUCGGCGUACGGCCAUCCUCCGCCCCUUCCGCCGUUCACCCCGGCAGGCUUCGGGGAAAACUACAUGGGUCACAUGCUGGGGGGCGGCCUGCCGCCUCACGCCCUGAGGGAAGUCUUCAGCGGCUCCGGACAGGCCGCCGCUUCCUCCAACAGCGCCGGGGUUCUGCCACCGGCCCACCCAGACCAGUACCCACCGGGGGCAGCGGCCGCCGCAGCCUCCGGACCCGGCAGCAUGCUGUUCAGUGGGGACAAGGACCACAGAUUCGAGUACAAUCACAGCCCUUUACCUGUGGAGGGGCAGCCCAACCCCAGCGCCAUGCACCUGUACAACCACGCCAUGGCUAGGAAGGACGGCGUUCCUCCUCUGCCUCCACCGGGACAACCCUGGGGGUCCCCGUCCCAAGUCGGGGCUCCGCCUCUCCCCCUGGGAUUCGUCCCACAUGUGAAUUCUGCGGCAACAAUCAGAGGACGAGGGCUGCCUUUCUGACGGCCCGGAAAGUCGACACGCAGCAAAGGAGCAGCCGGCGGCGGGGCUGGAGCCGCCGGUUUAGACCUUAGCAGACGGAUCUGGGUCUGGAGACGCUCGUCCAGGUCCGCUAACCGAAGUCUGUGUAAAGCGUCGCAUCUCUCCUACAUCUGGAACAUGUUGCAGGCGGACGGAUUGAAUAACACCUGGAGCUUUUGUCGCUCGUACUGUUUUCAUAUUUUUUUGUAAUCUAUUCUGCUGUCUUUUAAAUUAAACUUUUACCUUUU